AAGAACUCAGAGUCUCUGUCUGUCAGCGUGUGAAUACAAGAAGAUGGCCAAGGCUGGCAUUUCAGUAGAUCAGGAUCAGUUCAUCUGUCCAGUGUGUCUGGAUCUGCUGAAGGAUCCAGUGACUACUCCCUGUGGUCACAAUUACUGUAAGGUGUGUAUUAAUGGCUUCUGGGACCAGGAGGAUGUGAAGGGUGUCUACAGCUGCCCCCAGUGUAGAGAGACUUUCACUCCAAGGCCUGUUCUACGCAGGAACAACAUGCUGGCUGAAGUGGUGGAGAAAAAUGUGAAGACUGAACUCCAAGCUGCUUCUCUCGCUCACUGUUACGCUGGACCUGGAGAUGUGGAGUGUGAUUCCUGCACCGGGAGAAAACACAAAGCCGUCAAGUCCUGUCUGGUGUGUCUGGCCUCCUAUUGUGAAGAUCAUCUUAAACCUCACUUUCAGUCUCCUGCCUUUAAGAAGCACAAGUUAGUUGAAGCCUGUGCAAAGCUCCAGGAGAAGAUCUGCUCUCAGCACGACAAACUCCUCGAGAUCUACUGUUGUACUGACCAAAGCUUCAUCUGUUACUUGGGUACGAUGGAUCAGCACCAAGGCCAUGAUACAGUUGCAGCUAAAGCAGAUAGAACUAAAAAACAGAAUGAGGUAAAGGAGGAGCAGAUGAAAUCCCAGCAGAGGAUCCAGGAGAAGCAGGAGAAGGUUCAGGAGCUGAAACAGACUGUGGGCACUAUUAAGAGGCGUUCACAAGCAGCAGUAGAUGAGAGUGAGAAGAUCUUUACUGAGCUGAUCAGCUCCAUGGAGAAAAAGCGCUCGGAGGUGAAGGAGCUGAUCAGAGCUCAGGAGAAAGCUGAACUGAGUCGAACUGAACAACUCCUGAAGCAACUGGAGCAGGAGAUUGCUGAUCUUAAGAGGAGAGUCACUGAGCUGGAGCAGCUUUCACACACACAGGAUCACAUCCACUUCCUCCAGAGUUUCCCGUCUCUCUGUGUUUCUCCUGGAUCUGAGGACUCACCCAGCUUCACUGUCAAUCAACAUCUCUCAUUUGAUGGAGUGAGGAAAUCUCUCUCAGAUCUGAAACAACGAGUCGAGGAAAUGUGUGAGGAGGAAUUCAACAAAAUCCGUCAACAAGCUGCAGCAGUUCAGAUGAUUUUACCCUCAGAACCAGAGAGCAGAGAAGAUUUCCUGCAAUAUUUCUGUUAUCUGACUCUGGAUCCCAACACGGCACAUCAUCAACUCAUUCUGUCUGAGAAGAACAGAGUGGUGAAGCGCAGCAGGACAGAUCAGCCAUACUCUGAUCAACCGGAGAGAUUUGACACCUGGUCUCAGGUGUUGUGUAAGGAGAGUGUGUGUGGACGCUGUUACUGGGAGGUGGAGUGGAGCAGUUUUGGUGGUUUGUACAUAUCAGUCUCGUAUAUAGAGAUCAGGAGGAAAGGAGAGGGUGAUGAGUGUUUGUUUGGAUACAACAGUCAGUCCUGGAGUCUGGAGUGUUCUUCUUCCUCUGUCUCUUUCCGCCACAACAACGUUGAGACUGAGCUCCGAGGUCCAGCGUCCUCCAGAAUAGGAGUGUAUGUGGAUCACAGUGCAGGAACUCUGUCCUUCUACAGCGUCUCUAACACGAUGAAGCUCCUCCACAGAGUCCACACCACAUUCACUCAGCCUCUAUACGCUGGGUUCUGGCUAGAUUAUAACUUGACUGUGAGAUUAUGUGAUUCGAAAUGAAAUGUUUGUGUUAGUAAAAUUAUAACUCUGUCAUCAGAUUUAAUUUCUGCCUGAGUUAGAAUGGCACUUUUGUGUGCAGAAAGGGUAAUAGUUACACAUAUUAUUAUUAUUAUUAUUAUUAUUAUUAUUAUUAUUAUUAUUAUGGGCCAAGCACUAAAGGUGCGUAGGCACAUAUUGUUUUCGUUAGUGUUCUUUAUUCUUCUUCUUGCCCAAAGAACAGCUUGCGGGAAAGUUAUGAAAUCUGGCACACAGAUAGAGGACUGUCUCACCAUUAACCAGAGCAAUUUUAGAGUCUCUCUCAAAUCCUCUAGCACCACCAACAGCUCAAAUGUGCACUCACAUUUAUGCUAAUAACUUUUCAACUGUAAGGGCUAGAAACAAAAUUCUAUUUCCUUCUGCUCAAGACGAUGCAAUUGUGCUGCAAGACGUCAUUUUCCGUCAUUUCGAAUUUUCGAAAAACCUACUUUUUCAAACUCCUCCUAGGUGGUUUGUCCAAUUCUACCAAAAUUGAAUCUGAUCAUCUUCAGACCAUGUUGGAAAAAAGUUAUCAAAAGCCUUUUGAUAGACCCAACUGUUCUCAUAUAGCGUAUCAACAAGUUCGACGAAGAGCACACCAAAAUGGACAUGAGAGUGUAUCUCCACAACAGUUUGGCAUAUUAAGACGAAACUUGGUAACUGUCAUCACAAGCAUGACCUGAGGGUACCUGCACAGUUUCGGUGCAGCGCCACCCAGUGGUCAUGAGAUAAGAAAAUUGAAAAUUUUGCUUCUGAACAGGUUGACCAGAAAUCACAAGACUUCUCAUUAGAUUCGGUACUGCAAUCCGAGUUGAACAGUACCGAAAAAUGUAGGCCAUUUUGAAUUUUGUAGUAAAAUGCUAUAUUUUACGAACGCAUUGGCUUAUCGUUACGAAACUUGGUAUGUGUCAUCGGAACCAUGCCCUGAAGGUAUAUGUAUAUAAAGUAUAAUGAAUUUUUUAAAAAUGCUAAUAGCUUUUGAAUAAUUUUCCUAUUGUAAUGA